AGUAAAGAAGUUAAAACGCAAAAUUACUUUGGAAAAAAGUGCUGUAAUUCUGAAUCAGCUGGAAAAAUUACAAAAUAAAAAAUUUUAAAAAUAAUUAGUCGAAAAGUUUAAUAUAAAAUCCAUUUAACUGCUUUAAGCUGCAGAAAAAAUGACUAUUUUGACCAAACCAUCAAAUGAGAAGAAAGCUGAAAAGGUGCCACUGCCAUUGGCAUUGGGUGGACAUGACGACGCAGCAUCAUUCCGAGGAGGAGUAGCACAUGGAACUCUAUUGGGCCGGGCCUCAUAUCCAGCCGAUAACGAUGCAGAAUCUAUGGUAUUCAAUCGCCCUCCUUCAUGUACGAAGACGGUUAUAUUAUUCCUAAUGGCUGUUACAGUGAUGAUGAUGGGCUUAAUUGGUGGAUAUAGCCUAUAUCGUGCAUUUCCACCAACCAGUUCGAAUUUACAUUAUCGAGCACUAUGCGACAUACCAUACAUGCAGACUGGUAAUAUAAGUGUACCGCGUCUAUAUGAACAAAAUGAUGAAUUAGAUUGGCGCAAUCUGUUCUCACGUUUCACAAACUACAACAACGAUUACUUGGGCGAUGACUUUUUCCGCGAAGAAAUCGAAAUGGAUAUGAGCGAUAAUGAAAGUUAUGCCAAAAUUGAUGUACCCGAUUUUAAGGAUGGACGUCGAGGACGUUUUAUGCAUGAUUUUAAAGAAAAUCAAUCAGCGAUCAUUGAUACCACAACCAGACGUUGUUUCAUAAUGCCUCUCGAUCGGGAAACUACAUUACCGCCAAAGAGUUUCAUUGAUUUAAUGCAAAAGAUGAGCUCUGGCUACUACAACAUUGACGCAGAACGUGUUCGUCGUAAGAUGCGUGUUGUAACACCGCCUGUAACUGAUCUCACAAUGAUCUCGGAGCGUAUCGCUAAUGAAUGUUAUGAUAUGAAAGUUUACAUGUUAGAAAACUACGUUUCGGGUGUAUUCAAACGUGAAGCUAAACCAGUGGCAGAUUCUGGCAAGUUCGCUGAGUUUAUGGGUAAAGGUGUUGUCGAAUUCGAUUUAAUCAAUAUCGCUGAUAUAGAAGAAUUUGAGAAGAAGCAGCAGUAAACAAAUUGAAAUAUGCAGUGUACGCUGCAAAAUAUUCAAAAUUUGUUUAACUAAAAUCUUAAUCAUUGAUUUCGGUGCUUGUAAGCAUUUUUGUAGAGUGUAGUUUGUAUGAUUGUAAAACUUGAUGUUGAUGAAUUUGCAAUUUUAUCCAAAUUUUGUACCAGCAAACUAUAUUUUCUUAAGAAAAUGCACAACUUGACUUACCGGUUUUUAGCAAAUUUUACAUAUUUGGCAUAUUAAUAUUUUGUAGAAGUAUUAAGUUACAAUUGAUUAACGAAAAUUUACAAUUGUCCAAAAUUAUUGUACCUAUUAGAUUUUAUUUCAUACACUUUAAUAUUCAGUUUAUAUAUGGACUUUUAAUAAAUUAU